AUGGAGCAGUUGCAAGAGGGUUUUCGUUUUCGUCCUACAGAUUCAGAACGACUUAUGUUUUUGUUGAGAUUCAUUGCUAAACAAGAGAUGAAUGAUUCUGGAUUUAUCACAACAAACAUCGACGUCUAUGGCAGAGAAGAACCCUGGGAAAUUUACAAUCACGGCGUAUCCUGUGGUAAUGAAGAUAAUGCGGACUACAGCAGUAACUAUCGCUAUUUCAUUACAAAGCUGAAGAAGAAAAACAAGGCGAGGCAUAAUCUAGAGGUUGGAAAUAAAGGGAGUUGGAAACAACAAGAUAAGGGUAAAUCAGUUCACUACAAAAAUACGGGAAAUUCAUCUUCUGUGGUUAUUGGAUGCAAAAAGAGCUUGUGUUACGUGAAUAAAGAUCAGUGCUAUAAUCAGAGCGAUGGACAUUGGCUAAUGAAGGAGUACGAGCUUUCUAAUGUUAUUCUUCAGAAAUUCGACGAAGAUUGUAGAGAUUAUGUUCUUUGUGCCAUCAAAAGGAAGUCAUGUUCUACUGAUUAUAUUGAGCGGCCAUUGGCAAGGGUGCAGUAUCAAGUGAAUGAUUUGGGGGACUAUAUGCAGAGCAAUUCAGGGCAUUAUGUGGAAUCUGAAACGGACAUGACGACACAGAACGAGACGGUGAAUAUUGUCGAGCAGCAGAGGAACCAGAGGUCAGUUAUUAAUAAGAGUGAUGAAUUCUAUCAGAUGUUGGCACAAAACGAAGCUUUUGAGUUCUAUUGA